AAACUAGGUCGCGUUCUUCCCGAUACUUACCAUGUUUGUGCUGUUACUGCUGUUGUCCCUGUUGCAGUAUGGGGACACAUUUGACCCUGGAUGUAGCUUCAUGAAUGGUCAGUGUCAGUACAGUGUCAAACUCGGACACGAGGGUCAGUGCGACACUCAGACCACCGCCGCCACCACCGCCUCCGCUUCCUGCUGUGCCGCUGUACAAAAUGACGUCACGUUGAUGAAGGCGUCCAUGGCGUCCAUGGCGAAGCAGAUCGAACAGAUUCAGAGUACGACUCGUGCGAACGCGACAUCUCCCAACGAACUCCUCAUCGCUGAUGAGCUGCAGAAAGCUCUGCUAGAGAAGGAGUCACAGAUUGGCAACAUAACCAAACAAGCAGCCGCCGAAAUAGCGCGUCUGCAGAACGAGGUUGACACUUGUAGGAAGAGACCGGACUGCGGCGGUCGUCCACGUUCGACCACCACCUCUACCCCGACUGCCACUACUUCAAAACCAAUCAAUACCUACUAUCAUGCCACCUUCUGCGACUUCGAGAGCACCGGACAACUGUGGGUACAACCAGUCCAGCCAAGCCUUGUCGAAAUGGUACCGUGGGAGGGCAAAAAAUCCACCCUUACAGGGCCUCUGAGUGACCACACGCUGGGCACACCUGGUGGAGCGUACCUGUACAUAGAUACAUAUAAAUCGGCUCAGUGGUAUGGACCUAAGACAAUCAGUGCUAUCAUGGAGUCGCCUGUGUUCGCCCCGUCACCUAACUACUGUGUACGGUUCUGGUACAACAUGUUUGGCAAAAACAUCGAGGACCUCAACGUCUAUGCCAAGGUUGGCAGUGGUAAUGGCUAUCCAAUAUGGACGCGCUCCAAGGGCAACGCUAUCGAGUGGAAGAUGGGCGAAGUGGACAUAGGCUCGGAAUACACCUCAAGACCAUUCCAUGUUGUGUUUGAGGCAACCUCACGAAGUUACAAGACAAAGCCACACAGCACAUACCGUUACGACCCCGACUACCACGACACGUAUGGCAACAUCGCGCUGGAUGACGUGCUCGUCUAUAACACAACCUGUAACAGCCUUCCCCAGUGCCCUCCUGGUUCCUUCAUGCGGACAGUGAACGACAGCCGGUCCUGCUACUCUUUCCACACAUCGGCCGCGUCUUGGAUCACAGGCCAAGUGAACUGUAAAGUAGAGAAUGCCCUAUCCCAUUUAGUUGCCAUCAACUCAAAGGAAGAACAGGAUUUCUUGGUGAACGUCAUCAAGAGCAAUGCAGCCUUGACGGCUGCUGGCAUUGUCGGCUUCUACACUUCGGGCAACGACGAGUUGAAUGAGAAGACCUUUCAAUGGACGGGGUCAGAGGUUUCCAGCAACAUUACCUACACCAACUGGUAUCCAGGGCAACCAAACAACGUGGCCGGCGUUCAGCAUUGCUUACUGAUGGAGUAUCCCAAUGCUGACUACCAGUGGGGAGAUAUCGAGUGUAACACUGCACACCCCUACAUCUGUGAAGUGGACCUGCCCAAGGCCGUGCACCAACCGGGGACGUCUCAGUAAAAUGUGGAGGGUAUAAAUAGAAUAAAGCUAGAAUUUCACUUUA